UUACUGUAUAACGUGCACGCGCCUCACCUUUCAGCAUCGUGCGCGCUCCCCCGUUGUGGAUAUCACACAUCACUCGGGUGAACAUGGAGGGCUUCUGUCACAGACCGUAAAAUCCGCGGUUUUCUUUUGUAAUUGUGCUUGUCUUUAUUUUGCGGACGCUAUAAUUCCACGUCCGGGACAGUGUGAACCCCGCACCACCUCCACCCCCGACGCUCCCUGGAGGGGAUUAGAAACACAAACCCGCUCGGGUCACGGGCGUGCUGGAGCCUAACCCAGCUAUCUUCGGGUGGGAGGCGGGGUACACCCUGAACUGGUUCCCAGCCAAUCGCAGGGUAAUGAAGGCUGGCCCCCCACAGCAGAAUGAUGGAUGGAGAAAAAGCAGGAUGGGACUUUAAGUGGCGCCCACAUGGAGCCCUGACGGAAAGGGCUGCAAGCAGGUAAAUGGACCUGCAGGGCAGGAGUCGCUCCCCAUCCCGCAGGACCAGCAGGGUCGAGCAGGUGGUGGGAAGAUGGCUGAGACGGUCCCGAGAGUUGGGCAGCAGGUCUCACUCUUUGAGCAGAUUACUGAGAAAGGAGGUCAAGGAGUAACUAAACAUUCAACACAUCAAGCAAGGGAACGUGGGAAUGGACAGAGAAGCCAUGCUUACUGUAGAGACAGAGUUGCAAUAGAUGGGAGACCAGCAGAGUCCAUUAGUACAGAUCAGAGGAAUUUUCCCUUCCGCUUGAAUGUUUUGAUCCAGCAGGACCCAAAGCUCAAAUCUCAUGGCCUCACGCUUUCCUCCCAGACACCUAUCUUGGUACAAGAGGUCACACAAGGUGGUCCCGCAGAUGGCCGGCUCGUCCCUGGCGACCAGCUUGUGAAGAUCAAUAACGUCGCUGUCGAUGACCUGACCCCUGAGCAAGCUACUGAAAUAAUCAGAGAGUGUCAAGAUUCGUUGUCUGUGACUAUACUCAGAACAAUGCUGGGCCCGAAGUCAUCAUUUAUCACACCUGAGAAGAGGGCCAAGCUCAAGUCUAACCCUGUAAAAGUUCGCUUUGCUGAGGAGGUGGAGGUCAAUGGACACUCUCAGGGCAACUCGCUGCUAUUCCUGCCUAAUGUUCUGAAAGUAUAUCUGGAGAACGGGCAGACCAAGGCCUUUAAAUUUGAACCCAGCACGACAGUCAAGGACAUUGUAAUGACACUGAAAGAAAAACUUUCUCUGAGAAAUAUCGAACAUUUCUCCCUGGUUCUGGAGCAGCAAUACAGUGUCACUAAACUACUGUUGCUACAUGACGAGGAGAAGAUACAACAGGUGGUCCAGAAGAAGGAGUCCCGUGACUACAGAUGUUUAUUCCGUGUUUGUUUCAUCCCAAAGCAACCCGAGACUUUGCUACAAGAUGAUCCAACUGCCUUUGAAUACUUUUACCUGCAGGGAGUGAAUGAUGUCCUGCAAGAGCGCUUUGCAGUGGAAAUGAGGUGUAACACCGCUCUGCGACUUGCCGCACUGCACAUCCAGGAGAGGUUGGCGAGCUGUGGACUGUCCCCAAAGACCAACCUGAAGAUAGUCACUAAGACGUGGGGCAUUGAGAACUUCGUUUCAUCCACACUGCUGAGAAACAUGCGAGAGAAAGAUUUGAUGAAGGCCAUUAGCUUCCAGCUGAAGAAGAGCCAAUCACAAUGGGAUCCCAAACAGAGGGGCCUGACAGUCAACCAAGCGCGCAUAAAUUACCUGGAAGAGCUGAGUGAGCUCAAGUCUUAUGGCGGGAAAUCCUUUAGCGCAACAAUGAUGCUCCAGGACCGAGAGUCCACAGUUACACUGUUGGUGGGUGCACGUUAUGGAGUGAGUCAGGUGAUCAAUCACAAACUUAGCAUCCUGUCCACCCUCACAGAGUUUAACAGCAUCACACGCCUCGAGCUCGUUCCCGAGUCUGACAAGGUCGGCUUGGUUAAAAUAUACCUGCAGGACAUUAUGCCGAUUACACUACUACUGGAGACAGUUGCGUCUAAGGAUAUGUCAUGCCUGAUAGCAGGAUACUGUCGAGUUUUUAUUGACCCCAAUAUUAACAUCUUUCCCUGGAUGGAGGUCCCAAAAAAGCACAGAGUGUCUGCUGAAGAAGGUUAUGUGUCACGUUGUGGUAGCGACUCUGACCACUCGUCGGACUUCGACAUGGAGCCGCUUGUCACCCAUGUGUCUUGCAAUGCCAAACGCCGCCCACGCGUCAGACCCUCUUCAGACCCAGAUGCAAGGAAAAGACGAGAAGGGCACGCCAGGAGAAACAAGCAUGACAGUGAAAAUAGGAACAACAAGACAUCAAACAAGAGGCAAAAAGAAGAGAAGGAUGCUGAGAGAGAAAAAGGGGAUCAUUUACUUGAGUGUGAGAAUGAGGACAAAGUACUUGAGAAGAAAGAAGCCCAUAACGUUGGACAAACAGACAAGGAUCAUGCGAAACUUGAAAAUGAGACACAGGAAUCUAAAUUGGGAUGUGGAGUAGCAGAGGCCCAUCCAUCACAAUCAGAUUCAUGUCAUACCGACUCUCGUGUUGUUACCAGCCCUUCCAGUGACUCUCUCGACCUCCUGGAGGAAGACGACUUGAUUUCAUGCUCCUCUUCCUCACUGAAUCCAAUAGUUUCAACACAAAGUCAUGCUCAAAUUUAUUCAACACUUGAGCUUUACCCUUAUACUCAGACACACGCUGAGGCCAACUUACUUGUUCCUCCACCUGCUCAUUCCCAUCCUCUUCUUCACCUCACAUCCUAUAAUGGUGAUGACAGGGGCAACACAAGGUCUGAUGACAUAGUCGAUCCCCAGCACUUCGAAGCUGUCCCCACCUCACUUGACACCACCAGCUCUUACACUGAAGACGACACCACAUGUUUUGCUGAGCUCUCUCGCCUUGUGGACCUCCUCCCGAGCCCUCCGGAGGCCAGUGAGGAUGAAGAGGAUGUAGAAAAGGACUUGAGGAAAAUGAGAAGUAAGCUGAAUGACAACAAGGAGGACAUUUUAAGGAGAAUAUGUGAAGUAACCAAAACAAGCAGGAAGAGCAGUAUUCGGGGACACCCCCAGUCCCCGUCGUUGUCCUCAGCCUCUUCCCACUCUGACUUUGUGUUCAACUUUGACCAGAGAGAUGCCAGCUGCUACUACAAAAUCUGCUCCAACAUCACCCCUGACAGUGCUCGCAGCCUUUCCAAGCCUGCAAAUGACACUCAGAGAGGAGAUAGAAAGAAGAUGGAGGAAGAACAGCGUCAAGCUAAUGAACUGGCGUCACCGCCCAUCCUCCAGCCACCACCUGGCUUUGGAGACAGCAGCUCUGAUGAGGAGUUCUUUGACGCCAGAGAUGGCUUCACAUCACCUGAUGACCAAACCUCAGGCAUGGAGAUAAAAGAUAAUUGCACUGGGAUGAAAGUGGAUUUUGGAAGAUCACUCCAACUUGGUGAAAUCAGAGUCUCUGUGGGGGAUGCAAAGAAAGAUGGAAAAUCAGAAGAGGAGAGACAACAACAAGAAAAGGAAGGAGGUGGCAAAAAACGACUGUAUGAGCUGAGAAAAAGAUCCCGUAAGCGUCGUUCCUUCAUGGAAACAGAUUAUACCUCCAGGGUAUCAUAUCCAAAACCCAAAACAACAUCGAUGCAGGACCGGGUCCCUUCCAUUUUUAAUAGCAACUUUUUGGCAGAAGGUGGUGAUGCCCACACACUGAGUUCUGAGCCUGAACCUUUAGAACAAACAGAUAAUCCAAGUCUUACUGUAUCCUCUUUGACUUACUCUGAAGGGGAACCAGCACAGCUUGAGUCAAAACCCAUUCCAUUUAAUAUUGGCUCCAUUGAGGAAACUGGAGACUCUCUGGCAUCAGGUACCAGGAACAGGAAACAAGAAAUGGAGAUGGAACCUGAUACAAUGGAAUCAAAAUCUGUCACAGAUCACAUUAAGAGAGUAGCUCCCUCCAUCACUGUUGUGCGAUGUCGGGUGGAUCCGGAUGGGAAGGAGAGUGCCGAUUGCAGAGGUGACAGACCGGAGACAGGAAGGGACCAGGAGGGGUUGGGAGAUAGAAAACUAGAGGAAGACAAGGAGCAAAGUAUGGCAGGGAAUGGACCAUUCACUUCACAUAUGUUCUUGCCGAGGGUUACUGAGAAAAAAGUACCAAUUCCUUGCAGUGAAGAUGAAAUCAAUGCUAUCACGUUGACUUCAUGGCUGACAGAGUUGAAUAACAAGGGUGUCCACCAGAUUGCUCCUGUUGAAAACUCACAUGCAGAGGAUGAUAUGCCUGAGGAUGACUCAGCACUUUCAUCAUAUUCCCCACCACCCCCACCACCCUCUUCCCCUCUGCCCCCAAUGCCAGUUUGUCACAAAUCCCAAAGUGACUGUUUACAUUGCACAGGAACCUCAACCAAACUAUCCCCACCCAACUCUGAGGAGAAACAAAAUGAAGUCCACAAUCCACAAUUAAAUUUAGAAAUUACGAAAAAUGAAGAUGAAGCUACUGAUAUGAUUACAUUGGCUAGGACCGCUAGUGAUGAGGUUACUGAUAGUAUGAAUUCUGAUGUUUUUGAUGAUGAUGAAUUAAUAAAUGAUGAUAUUGGAAAAGAUGCCGACGGACAUGAAUGGACAACAGCUAUAACUCGGAGCGUGGGUGCUAAUUCACCCGCAGGAAAGGCUCAAUCUGAGAUGAGAAUCAACUGUCCCAACAAUUCAACUACUGAACCCCAUAUAAAAAGUAAUGGUCAUCCUGAAUACACUCACACUAUAAAUUCCAUCACAGCUAAGCUUGGCGUUGCAACAAGUGUCAUAAAUCAUACAUUUAAUUCAGGAGCUGGAAUGAAAACUGAAGUUUCAAAUGCUUUAUGUAUGACUCAAACUACACAUACACCGAGAGAAGAAUACUCUUCUCCAGGUGGUGAUUCUCGCUCACUUCAAGCAAACACUGCCAUGGCCCAUGAUCUUGCCAAAGAGCCUCCUCUCCCAACUCACUUCCUCUUCCAGUCCUGUUCCCCCAGCAUCAUGGGCCGUUUGUCUGCCUCCACACUUAGAGGGAAGAUUCAAAAGUUGCCUCUUUAUUUGUCACGUUCCCAAGAGACCCUUAACCAAGCCACACGGGCGAAUGACGCCCAAAGUCCUAUUAGGGAGAGCGAGGCCAACAUUGAUAUCUCGCACAUUGUAAAAAACAUUCAUGAUGUCACAGAAAUCACAGAGACAAUGACUGAGCUGGUGGAGUCAGAUGAUUCAGAUACAACUCUUACUGGAUCAGAGGUGGAGUGUGAAUUCUUUGUCGAAACAACCUCAGCCAAAAACUCUAGUUUAGUAUCAGAAGUAAAGGAAACACCAGAGAAGAUCUUAGUAGACCAUGAAACUACCUCCUUACCUCUCCAGGCUGAACCCCAACCCCAACAUACAAAUAGGCUUCUCCCCGAUCCUAACAAGAAUACACUGGGACCAAUAACAGAGCCCCCAGUUUCCAUGCUGAGUAGCCUCCGAAGAAAUUCUACAGGCCUUACAAUGGACACUCCUGGUCCUAUAAUAGUACCUCCAGAAUCAAAGAUAAGAGAUACAAUGCUCGUUGAAAGCAUUCCAGGUUAUAAAUUAAGCACUCAGUCAUCCCCUAGCCUUCCUCCGAUUGUGGUGACUACACAAAAUCUAAAUGGACCAGGUCUACAUUAUCAUAGUCAGUCACAAAUUGCGCCAAGGACCAGCAGUGACAGGCCCUUGAUGGGUCUUUGUAGGCCAGCAGAACAGACAAUGGAUUCAAAACACGCACCUUAUUCAGGCUGCAGGGUGUUUACCUUCUGGGAGGAACCAUCCCAAGUAUCGUCAGAGGUAGGGACUACCCUAAACUUGAAAUCUGAAAUUGGAUGCACUUCUGUGCUGACAUCCAGGUGUGAGUCAGUAGUAGAGGGAUUAAAUAUGGAUACUUGUGGUUGCCCAGUGGUCUACACCAACUGCUUCAGCAAAGAGGGCAGCUUUGAUGAGGACUUAACCGUCUAUGAGUUCUCCUGCCAAGGCAGUGGUGAAACACAAAGUUCCAGAUUAUCUCUUCCGCUCAUGACUGAUCCUCCAUCAUCAUCCCUUAUUUCACCCUCUUCCACACACUCUCCCACCUAUCCACACAUUCUACUCUCCUCCCCAACAUCUGAGCUCAGUCCCCUGCUCUCACCAGUAUCUGAUGCACAAUAUCUCCACAAUCAAACACAAAAGGACACCAUUAAUCGCCUUGGAACGCAACGCUACCCAGAACCACCCACUGGGUUCCAAGUUCUACGAGCGGAUGUAGACCAGCUCCUUUUUGUCCUGGAAAAUAUCAGCACUGACCGUUCUGUAGCUGGUCAAGGAGGUUGCCACCCAAGGGAAACAUGUGCUUCCCACUUUACAGAGAACAAGCAAGUGCUCCAAACUGAGACAAGGCGGUUGACGGCAUGCUGCCAAAAAAUAGUAGCCACUGACCAGAGUCCAGAGGAAAUGCUCAACUCUUUGGCUGAUAGUUUCCGGACCUUGGUGGACUUGGCUGGUGCAUGCAUAUGGUUUUCCAGUUGUGACAGGUGCAAGGGGAGGAAUGCAGAAGCAGUUGCCGGUCUGCAAGAUGUGGCACGCUCAUUCAGGGACUUCUGUCUGGCAGCAGAGCGAGCCGGCAGAAAGCAUAGCUGCCGUGACCUGAGCACCAAGCUGCUAGCCAAACAGUGCACUGCACUCACUGCAUCUGUCUUCUGCCUCACUCAGAUCUUCCGUACUCUCACUGCACUGUGAUGUGGCAACAACCUUUAGUGAAAAACCUCAGCUGGCAUGUUAAUGGGUGGGAAUGGUGAUGUGCAUAUUUACUGACUACAUGAUGUGCACAAACACAGUCUGCCAGUAACCCACCUGCAAUCUGCCUAAGCAAAUCUGCUUCCAUUCCAGUGUAGAUUUGUACUUGAAUGUAUGCUGUAUUAUAUUUAUCAAAUAAUUCAGCUGAUGAACGUUACUACAGUGUUUUAUUGAGUAAGCAAGGAAUGUAUAAGAACAUAUUUGUAAUUGUUUACAUACCGUAAUUUCUCUUGUAUAAUGCGCACCCUGCGAUUGGCUGGCAACCAGUUCAGGGUGUACCCCGCCUCCUGCCCGAUGACAGCUGGGAUAGGCUGCAGCACGCCCGCGACCCCUAGUGAAUUUUGAAAUUCACAGCCCUACUUUUAUUUAGUAAAUUAGAACACACACAGUUGUGCUCAUAUGUUUGAUUACCCAGGCAGAAUUUGUAAGAUGGGUACAAUUCUUUAAAGAAAACAUGAAGGACCAGGUGAAACACAUAAAAUUUUAUUUUAAUGGGAUUCAAAUUAAACGGUCAAGCAUUUCAGAAAAGCUUUAUCAUUAAACAAAACAUAACCAUAAAGAAAUUAAUGAUGGUUGUUGUUUAUUCAUCAGUCAUAUUAAAAACAAAAAAUACCAACAAUAUUUUACAAAUUCUGCCAGGGUAUGUACAUUUCUGAGAAUAACUGUACAUAUAUGCAGUCAUACGUACCUCCUGUCAUAUUGGAAUGAAAGUGUAGGCUACACCUUUUUUAUAAUGAGGUGGCGGUGGCAUUUUGGAUUGAAAGUGUACAGCUUUUUCAUAACCACUAGACGGCGGCAUACAUUUAUAAAUUGUGAAAGUUUUUUUUUUUUUUUUCAUUUGCCCCUAUACCUAUGUAUAAUGCGCACUAUUGACUUGGGGGGGGGGGGGGGGGGGGGAGAACUGCGCAUUACACACGAGAAAUUACGGUACUUAGCUUUACUCUCAGGAGUUUUGGCUUGUGACAGUGGUGGGCCUUUUGCUUCUGUAGCCCUGAGGUCCAAAAUAGACAAUUAGACAAUGCAAUCACACAAAUACCUAAUGCUUCACAAACUGUUAAUGUUACAUAUUAUGGAAUGCUUUUAGGUUUGCCAUAGUUUUUUGUUUAAUGUUCUCAUUUUAUAUGUUAGGGCCAAAAUAUUUAUUAACAGUUGUGUACUGCAACAUAUAUACAGUAUUUUUUUCCAUUUGAGGCUUUCAGUGAGAAAUUCCUUGAAUCUUUUUGUUUACAAAAACAAAACAAAAAAAACUGAAGUAUGAUUCAGUGAAAUUACAUGAAUCAAGCCUAUAGCUGUGUUUGGGAUUUUAUAAUCCGUUAUGCAGAAUGAUUGCAUUAGUGACUAAGCUACAGUAAAGGUUAGGGUUUUCAUUAUCUAUUCCUUAAUAUAUUCUUCUCUAAUUUAUUUGGAAUGAAUUUGGAAAAACUGAUGUCAUCAGUUCAGUAGUUCUUACUAUUGCUACCUCCAGUUGAAAAAAAAUAUCUUGACAGCAUAGUCAUGUUAGUCAACCAGUUUUUUAUUUGAUUUGAUAGCACUUUGUUGGGGGCCGAAGGACUUUAUUCUCAUUUUGACAACAUUGUCAUUAACACUAAGUGCAUUUUUAGGAGCAAUUUCCCAGUACGGCAACAAAUCUAGGAAACCUAGUAAACUGUUAAUGAUCAAAUUCUCAGCCCCGCCAGAGCAGAAACACUGUGGGUAGCUUUGUUGGCUUUGUGCUUUUUUACCAUUUAAUUGCCAAAGCACUUCAGGGGUUCAGACAACACCAGUCACACUGAUCAGUCAUUGGGUGAAUAUCCUUUGUGGGCAUUUGUGUGCUUAUUUAUUUGUUACUAAGUUGUAUGCACUUGCAACUGGAGCAUGCCUGAAGAUUAUGUUUCACCACAGAAAUACUGGGAUACAAUAUUCAAUUGUAUGCUAUACGAUGGGUAUUGUACCUGAAGACCGUAUUUCUUUAAUUUCAAUGGAAUAUAAUACCUACUGACUGGAACUGUUACUUUCAUAUAACAAUAAAUGUUUUAUCACUAUCAUACAGUAUGUGCUCAAGAAGCAUGCAGUUAAGCCAUACAAUGCAUUGUUGUAUCAGGGAUUGUGUCUGAAUGGCUGAAUGAUGACUUCUUGCCCUUGCUUUGUACUGCCCUAGUCUACUAUUAAAAAUUACAUUCUGAUUUUUUUUUAA